UUUCAAAAUGGAGUCAAAUCAUAAGGAAGCAACAAAGCCCACAGUGUCUUUCGGAUUUUCUAAAAAACAAGAAACAAAACAACUGUUAAAAUCAGUCGUAAGCGAGACAACAGACAGAGGAGAUCUAGAGCCUGAUUAUGUGUUAUCAUUAGAAAACAAGGAAGUACAUUCUACUCAAUCUACACGUGUAACAAAAAAUCAAGAACUAGUCAUUCCUCUCAUUAAACAAAAUAAUUGGCGUGUUGAAGGUUCACGCCUGAAAGGACCCUCAUCAAAAACAUUAGAAACUAAAAUUGACUCAUUAGUAUCAGAAUCAUUGGAUGCUCAAGCUGCUAAAGAAAUUUUACAAGAAUCAGCCAAGUACAAUGAAACAUGGGAGGAUCGGGGUACUGAAAAUACAAAUAUUUCCAUACCACUUCUGAUGCAGAAUAAGAUUCCGCAGGGUUUUGAGACUGAUGAAAAAUUAAAUGUAGAAUUACGGCCAGAUGAACCGGAUGACGCAGACUAUGAUAAGAUUCCUAUUGAACAAUAUGGUCUAGCAAUGUUACGAGGAAUGGGUUGGAAUCAGUCACGUGGCAUUGGUAAAAAUGGUAAAGUAGUUGCCCCUGUGCAAGCUCUUUUGAGACCCAAAGGACUUGGAUUAGGUGCUGAUAAAAGUAACACAGGGUCAGAUAAGAAGGCCACACAAGAAUCAGUUGUAAAUGCAGAAGAGGACCGUGAGUUAAAAAAGAAUUCACAUUGCAUGAUUCUAAGUGGUGUCAAUAAGGAUUUAUAUGGCAUUGUUGAAGGGUUGGAUGAGGACAAUGCACGUGUGCUUAUUAAACUUACUGUUAGUGGAAAAACUGUCAAUAUUAUGCAAAACAAUGUAUCUGUUGUUAGUAAAAAGGAAUAUGAUAAAUUUUCAAAAUAUUUAAAUAAAGAUAAAGUUGAUAAAUAUAACAAAGAGCAAGAGAAAAUAUCCAGUAACAAAUCUUCAAGUGAAGCUGUUCAGACUAGUGACAAAAAGAGAGCUCAUAAAAGUAGAAAGCGUGAUGCUUCUCCCAAUGAUAAUAAUUCUUAUCAUAAAAAGCAGAGAAAAGAUAAAAAUAAGCAUAACAGUGAUUCUGUGGAAAGAAAAAAACAUAAAAGCAAAUACAAAAAGUAUGAAAGGCAACCUUCAAGUAGCUCUGGUUCUGAUUCUUCAGAUGAGAUAGCAACCAAAAUUGUUCCACAGUGGUUAAAGAAUGAUCUUAAAGUUAGAAUAAUUGACAAAGACUUAAAGAGAGGAAAAUUGUACAAUACUAAAGUUGUAAUUAUUGAUGUACCAUCAAGUGGAAUUUGUAUAUGUAAAACAGAAGACGGAAAAGUAAUUGAAAAUGUGAGUCAGUCACAACUGGAAACUGUUGUUCCAAAAAGUGAUAAUUCUUAUAUUGCUGUGGUAUCAGGGUCUUAUCGAGGACAGAUAGGUCAGAUAAUGAAACGUAAUAAAGACCUCUGUCUGGCUGUUGUUCAGCUUUUAUCUGACAGAGACAUUGUUUUGAAAUUACACUAUGAUGAAAUUUGUGAAUAUGUUGGAGAUAUUCAGAAUCAUGAUGAUUAUUAAUACAGGAUACAAAAUUCUAUCAGUGCAUGUAAAAAAUUUAGUACCAGUUAGUAAUAUAAGCUUACUAUGACUAUUGUUUUGUGCAUAGGGUGUUUUAUGUAAAUGCUGUUAUUUUCUACAGAAAGGUAAGCUUAUAUUGGGCAAUAGUUUCAAUUUAUUCUGGCAUUUGUCUAAACUUUGUAAAUUAAAACACCCUAGUAUAAUAAGUAAACUUUGUUUCUUGUCUUUUAAUGUAUAAGGUAGUAAACGUUGUAAUAUGAAUAGUCUAAGUAUAAAUUAAAUGUAUUUUAAUAGGUUUUAGUGGUUCCUAGAAAAAUGGGCAAACUGAAAACUGCAAACAGAUAAGUUCGCAAAUAUAAACUAAUUAUAUAUAGGCCUACUAAUACACUUGAAUUUUACCACAGUGCAUUAAAAUCUCUAUAUAUAUUUCUCUAUGCGGGGACCAUGCGGGACACCACCACCACUUAAGCGCACUUAGCAGCCCCCUUUCUUCCUCUCUAGGCAUAUCGCUACCACCCCCACCAAUCGUAGAGCAGGGGCAAAUAAUUUAGUUUUGAAACUUAGGGGAUGUAACUAAGAAGAGGCUGCUUUCUCCGGGGGGGGGGGGGGGUAUCGUCCUUAAUGAGCUAUUGAUAGUGUUUUAAAGCAAAUAAUUUCAGUUGCAGCAUUGGUAGUGUCGAAUUCACAAAUUAUGAGUUACUAAAAAGUAGAAAAUAAAACAACUAAAUAGCGGCAUAUGUUACGCCGCGGGUUAGCUCAUGUUUUAUUAUGCUACAUGUUGUUACUCUUUGUAAAUGAAGUUUUCUGUUGCACAUCUUCCUGGUCUCAGUACUUUUAGUAAUAUGGAUAUAAUAUUUAGUUAUCUCUUUUCCCACUGGAAAUUCAGCCCAUGUUGCUACAACAUGCAGCAGGGCUUGCAGUUAGGUAACAGUAUCAGGUCUGGCAAUUUUUUUGUUUGUUUCUGGUCAUAAUUAUCAAUCUAAAGAGUACAUUCUUUCAGUUUGGUUUAAUUUAUCCUGUUUGUUUAAGCAAUAGGCAUUUAUAGUUUUAAAAUACACGUAACUGAAUCUCUGGCUAGUUUUUUAAUACAGAUAUAGGUUUUGUGUAAAGAUGGUGGUGCUAUUUUUAUAGAGCAAUGUAUUUUUCUUUUCUUUAAGUCAUAUAUUUAUAUUCUGAUGGUGUUACUAGAUUUAGUUACUUUUUAAACCCAGACUGUUAAAAAAAUUAAUUGAAAAAAAUGAUGAAGUAAAAACUAGGAAUGUGUGACCAUUUUAAACAACUAUUAAAUGCUACUAGGCAUAGGGUAUGGUAUUGUAAAUGUAUGUAGUGUUUCGAAUUUUCUUUUUUAGUGACCCAAUCACUUGUAGUGCUUGAGUCAACAUUUCUGCAAUGCUACAACACAUGUUGAUACCACUGUUAGGCUGAGUCUACUGAUUGAUUAGCCCAGGUUUCAGAUGAUCAGUGUAUCUCCUAAUUUAAUUGUCCAUUAUUACACACUACACACCUAUAACAAAAUGCUUAAACAUUGUUUAUGGCAUUAAGUAAAGGAUCCCAUAUUUGUAAUAACUUAUGUAAAUUUGAUUAUACAUGUUUUGUGGAAGGAUUUAUAAAUUACAUCUAAAAUCUUGAUUGUGCACUUAGCACGAGUAUAUUUGGGUUCCAUUUCCGUAACAUUGUAGUGCCCUUUAGGGGUCCAAUAUGUGCAAGAAAUCUGACAAUUUGUUUUUCGGAAGAAUUCUUUUUUUCUGUAACUAAUAUAUUAAAUUUGUAAAGACAC